AUGCCGUAUUCGAGGUUUCGGAUCCGAUUACCGGAAGGGGAUGCUCGGUCUCGCGCCACUCUGAUAAUAUACGCGGAUGGUCUGCGUCAGCCGACCAUAACCACCGCAUCCACUGGGAAGCCGAAUCAAUCCCAUUUAACGUCGAUUGUAUCAAAAUCUGCAGCAUGCUUCCCAGGGACACUGAGGUUGUUGCCACCACCGUUACUACCGCCACCCUUGCUUGCAGCAGAUGUAGAUGAGGACGGUGCUGAUGACCGUGAAGAGGAUGAUGUGAGGAGCGGUAGAUCGCUGGGACGUGCUGUCGCAGCAUCAGUGGAAACGUCUUCUGUUGACGAGGUCGUCAGGGAGGAUGAUAUUGCCGUGGCCACAGAAGAGCUCGAGGACGUUGUUGGGAAAUGUUCGGAAGUCGGUGACACAGACGAUGAAGAGGUAGACGUCGAAGAGGAAGAAGAAGGUGUAGAGGGUGCGGCGCUAGAUGCGCUCUGA